CCGUCCCCGCCCGGCCCGGCCAUGCCGCUGCGGCUGGCGCUCUGCCUGCUGGCGCUCUGCAGCCCCGCCGCCGCGCACGGUGGUAUCUGCUGGUUGCAGCAGGGGAAGGAGGCCAAGUGCACCAUGAUCCUGAAGACGGGUGUGACAUGGGAGGAAUGCUGUGCCAACGGCAAUGUGGACGUGGCCUGGUCUAACUACACCUACCCAGGCAACAAAAUCAGCCUGCUGGGCUUCCUGGGGCUGGUGACAUGCCACCCCUGCAAAGAGAGCUGUGAGGGGGUGGUGUGCGGCCCCGACAAGGUCUGCAAGAUGAAACACGGGCGUCCCCAGUGUGCCUGUGCCCCAGACUGCUCCAGCCUGCCCCGCAAGCUGCAGGUCUGCGGUUCUGAUGGCUACACCUACCGGGACGAGUGUGACCUGCUGACGGCCAAGUGCAGAGACCACCCCGACCUCGAAGUGAUGUACCAGGGCAAAUGCAAAAAGUCCUGCUCCAGCGUGGUGUGCCCUGGCACCCACACCUGCGUGGUGGACCAGACGGGCAGCGCCCACUGCGUGAUGUGCCGGACGGCUCCCUGCCCUGAGCCCACCAGCCUGGACCACGCCCUCUGCGGCAACAACAAUGUCACCUACCCCUCAGCGUGCCACCUGCGGCGGGCCACCUGCCACCGCGGCCGCUCCAUCGGCGUGCGCCACUACGGGAGCUGCUCAGCUGCAGCCAAAUUCUCCGCAGAGACGGACAGCGUGGAAGAGAACUAUGUGUGAAUCCUCCCUCGGCCGAGCCGGAGCCGGGAGACAGGGGCAUUAUGUGUAUAUUGUACAAACCAUAUACCUGAUAUUUAUUAAGAUAAAAAGAUCCUUAUUUAUCCCUGUGUAUGUUAUGCAGUCGCAGGGGGCUCAGUUCCCAUCCUGCCAACCGGGGAGCAGGGGUGGGGGCUCACGGCCAGAGAGAUGUUGAGCUGCCCUGGGAUGCUCCGGUGCCCACCCAGUGCCCGGCAGAGCUCUCCACUGGCCAGUGCCCUUCCUUGCUGCUGGCGCGGUGUGGAGGGGUGUCCGUGGGCCCCCCUUACGUGUCCUUGGCCGGCAGCCCUGGGCCUAUUUAUUUUUGGAUUAAUUCUCAGUACUCUGCUGACGUUUCUGGCUGGGACCUCGAGGUCUAGAGGGAAUCUGUGCUUUUGCCUUCCCUGAGGGGCUCAGCCCCGGCUGCCAGCAGCAGGAAAGGCAGUGCAUGCUGCAUCAGAUUGGAGAGAGAUAGAUAUAUAUUUUUAUAUAUAUUAAAAAAAAAUAUGUAUGUUAUUGUCUCCUAAACUUUCAGCAUGUGUGUGUUCAAAUGGAUUUCAGUUUAGGUCUUCCCAGGCCCAUUCAGACCAGGCUCCCACCGUCUUCGGAGGUGAUGCCGGUGCCCAGAGAGUUGGUGCAGUGGCAGCCCUAUCUGAGGGGCAUGACCAUUCUCCCUGGCCCACUGAGCCCCCACCCAGAGCCCAUCACCCAGGGCAGCUGCCCCCAGCCCUCCUCAUCCCUCCCUGCCAGAACAGCUUCAGAUGGAGCCCAAGCUGCAGGGAGAGAUGGCCCUGCCCGCCCCCCCAAGGACCCCCACACUGCAGCUAUGGGGCCCUGUACCCCCUGCUCUGCCCACACCUGUAUUUAUUUUUAUUCCUUUUCUCAUUUCUUCUGUUGUCACCUGUGUAAAUACCAGCUCAGCUCUGACACCAAAAAGCUCUUGACUUUAUAUAAAUAUCAUUUUUAUAUAUAUAUUAUAUGUAAAAAUACCUUAUCUUCUAUUUUUGUAUGAUUGGAUUCUGACCCUCAAGGCAGAUGCUUUGGGAACACCCACAUUCCCUAUUCUGUAUUGUUGGGGCAUUUUAUGGCUGCAUUAGAUUA